UAUACGCUCAUCAUGAGCUGUCCCCGUGUGAUCAGCCUCUAGCUCUUUUUUUAAAAAAAAUUAAAUCCCCUUUAAGAAGUGGAGAAUCAGCGCCCUGCAGUUCCUCUUGGCUCCUGCUGUGUCCGUCGUUAAAAAAUUCAGUCUUUUUGGGAGGGGCUGAAAACAGCCUGGGGAAACCAACUACCUGAAAGGAUUUGGCAACAUGAAGCCUGUUAUUGUAGUUCACGGAGGAGCUGGCCGCAUCUUUAAAGAACGAGAAGAAGGAAGCCGUUCCGGUGUAAGGAGAGCAGCCCUGAGAGGUUACAGAAUCCUUAAAUGCGGAGGGAAUGCAUUAGAUGCAGUUGAAGAAGCUGUGGCAGUAAUGGAAGAUGAUCCACAUUUUAAUGCAGGUUGUGGCUCUGUGUUAAAUGAGAAAGGUGAAGUGGAAAUGGAUGCCAUUCUCAUGGAUGGAAAAAACCUAGCCUCGGGAGCAGUAUCUGCAGUGAAAUGUAUAGCUAAUCCUAUAAAACUUGCUCGGCUCGUCAUGGAAAAGACAGACCACAUGUUGCUGACUGACCAGGGGGCAUUUGCCUUUGCCAGGGCCAUGGGAUUUCCUGAGGUUCCAGGGGAGAAACUGAUCACGACAAGGUCUCUUGAGAGAUGGAAGAAAAACCUUGAGGCUGAUUCGAACCCUCAGGAGUUUCAAAAAGACCUUGGAACCGUUGGAGCCGUUGCAAUCGACAGUGCAGGAAAUGUAGCUUGUGCAACAUCAACAGGGGGACUUACUAACAAACUGGUUGGCCGUGUUGGUGAUACAGCCUGCAUAGGAAGUGGAGGUUAUGCAGAUAACAGUGUCGGUGCCACCUCUACCACUGGUCAUGGGGAGAGCAUUAUGAAAGUGGUUCUAGCCAGGCUUGUCCUUUAUCACAUGGAACAAGGGAAGUCGCCGGAAGAUGCUGCUGACAUUGCCUUAGAUUGCAUGAAAACAAGAGUUGGUGGGUUGGGUGGGGUUAUUGUGAUCAGCCGUUCAGGAGACUGGGCUGCAAGGUUCUCCACCAAGCAGAUGGCCUGGGCCACAGUAAAGGAUGACCUGCUGCAGUGUGGCGUUUAUGCUGGGGAGAGGCAUAAGGAAUCUGCCGAAGAAGCCCUUAGCACCAUGGGAUCCUGAGCAUAAGGGAAGGACGAGGAGGCUGUACAGGAUAAAGAUCAAACACCCUCACUGGGAAGCAAAUCUGUUGUCCCCGUUUUGAAAGGACAACCCCUUCAUCCAGUUCAGUCGAGAUAACAUGUAGUGGGUCUAGGAAAUUAAGAGUACAGAAAAGUGGCUGCAUACUGCAUCAUUAUAGCAUCAUUAUAGCAAUGAUACAUCGCUGUUCUUCAGGAUCAGUGUCUUGAAGGCAACUUCUCACUUUAUGUGAUUGUUAUGAUAAACCUAGAAUUCACAUUUUUACUACUAGUUUAGGUGUGCACUUGAAUCCUGACUGAAAGAUUUCUCAUGAUUUAUCAUCUGUGCUUUGUGUAUCCUGCUGCAGAACAAAGGAAAACUAGCCUAGAAACCACUGACUUGUGAUUUUACUGGUUUCUGGUCACAUAACACUUUUACAAUGUAGUAGAGGAAAAAAUAGUAUGAAAGCAGCCUCUGGGCAUUGUAGUCAAUCACCUGGAGGAUCACAAUAGAAAUGAAUAAACAUACUGUGUGGUAAAUUGUCUUUCAUCUUGGCAUGCACAUCUUUAGAUGAUGUGUUCUCAUGUAUUUUAAGAAGAGAAAUGCAGGCCCUCAUUUCUACAUAUGUAAUGAUAAAACCCUGGCUAUUUUGGUGAUGAUGGAGAGAUGAAUACCUGACUAAUCGUACCAUGCUCUUCAGAUUUUAUUCUCUUUAUGUGGGCUGUUUGCCACCACUGAUUCCUGCCAGAUAAAUAUUCCAAAAUGGGAGGACUUCGACCUAAAAUAUUACUAGGAUAUUGACAAUUUGCUUGCAGAAAAUGGUAAUUUGUGAGGUUGUGGGGGAAUGAAUAUAAAUUCCAAGAUCUCUUAGUUAGGGAAGCAUACAAAGAACACAAUUUUUUUUAAUAUACUGUAUUUUAAAAUCCAUCUCUUAGAGAUUGUAUGACAAAGUCAGAGGUUGUAAUGACCAACAUUUGGUUUUAAUAACAAUUUACUAUAUAUAAAUAAGCAGCUAUCUAAUUGCAGUGAUUAUUAAUUAAAAAAAAGUUUCCCUGUAUAAAGUUACAGUCAUGUUCUAUGGAAAGGCAUUUUUGAGAUCCUUUUAUUAUUUUCAAAGAACAGAACAAUAAGGUACACUUCUGUGCUUAACUAUGUACAAGAUCGAGGCAAAAAGCAAAAUGUAUAAAUAAAAAGAAACACCUACCUUAUAUCCAGAUUGAUCUGGGGCCUAGCACAAAUCCUAAUUACUGUUGAGGAUUGUGGCAAAACUGGAAGUCUUGUCUGGCUAACUUGCACUGUUCUAAUUGGUUGAUCACAAAGUACAACAGAAAGUUACAAAUGAAAUUUCUGAUAGCCGUAUAAUAUUUGAAAGGGAGAUGUUUCACUUUUAGGCAACUUAUUUGCAUUUUAUUCCAUUAUUUUAUGUAUUAUUUUCAUAUUAAUACAAUUCAGUAAUGUAGGUCAUAGUUAGAUAUUGCUUUGGCCUCAUUCCUUCAAUCUGGGAAAUAAUCAAUGGAAUCAAUGGUUUACCAAUGUAGAAUAUGCUUUUUAUGAAUAAUCCCAAUAAAAUCUACACACUUUA